UGAAACGAAAAUUGUUUUCUCAAGAAACAUGCGCAGCUGCUCCUUAUUUCCUGCCAUAUACUUUUCAUCCUGAUGUCAGAAAGGAAAAUGUUUCAUCUCUGAGAAAAAUAUUAGGACAAGAAUAAUUUUUUAAAAGUGCCUUCACAGUCAUGUUAGAUUUCAUCCCAAAACGAUAUGUGUUUUCAAUAGUAGGCUUAGCAGCUACUACGCUAUCUGUAGCAUUACAGACAAAUCUGAGUAUAGCUAUUGUAUACAUGGUGAAAAAUACGAAAGAUGAAUUAUCUAAAGAAAACUUCAAUGAAUGCAGUUUGCAACCUGAAGUCACCUUCAAUAAAACUGAAUUUCCAGAGGUAAUCAGGGGCGAAUUUGACUGGACCCCAGAUAUGCAAGGUAUUGCACUUGGUGCGCAAUAUAUGGGUCUUGCUGUUGGCUAUAUUCCUGGAGGACGAUUGAGUGAGGUCUAUGGCGGCAAGAUCACCAUGAUCAGUACCCUCUUGGUGUCAUCGAUUUUCACCGCCCUUUUACCACUCAUGGCUCAUUUGUCUAUUUAUGCUUUCAUAGUAUGUCGAUUUGUUAUCGGAAUGGGAACAUCACCUGUAUUUCCAGCUCUUGUAUAUAUGAUUUCCCUUUGGAUACCCGAAUCUGAACAGAUGUUCAUAUCUUCUUUCAUUUUGGCUGGAUACGGCACAGGCGCUUUUGUUUCGUACGUCACAGCUGGGGCCCUAUGUGCAUCGGAUUUUAUAGGAGGCUGGCCUUCUGUAUUCUAUCUGGGUGCAUUUAGUGGAUUAAUAUGGUGUGUAUGGUGCUUUUUUACUAUAUAUGACUCCCCAAGCUUACAUCCUUUAAUAAAAUCAGAUGAAUUGACCUUGAUUACAAAAAAUACAAGUCCUCAAGCAGAGCAGAUAACUUCUAUACCCUGGAAAGCAAUUGCCACCUCAGUUCCCUUCUGGGCUCUAGCUGCCGGAUUUCUUGGGCAAUGCUGGAUUUUGUCUUUCUUCGUCACAUCAGUGGCACUCUACAUGGGCACCAUACUCAAUCUGGGCAGUGUUCAAAAUGGCUUACUGUCAUGCUUACCGAACUUGCUUCGUGCAAUUUGUGCUUGUAUUGUUGGCAUCUUGAUUGACUACAUAAGAAGUAGAAGAGAAAUACCGAUUGUGUAUAUUAGGAAAGGCGCAACUCUUGCCAAUUCCUUAACGGCAUUCAUAGGGUUUAUUGGCAUAUUAUUUGCAGGAUGCAAUGUUACAUUGAGUACCAUUGCCUUCAUCACUGCUGGCAUUUUAAGUGAUUUUUAUAUAUUUGGCGUUUCUUUGGUUCCUAUAGACAUGGCACCAAAUCUUGCUGGAACAUUAUCAGGAAUUCUGUGUUUUUUGAGUAGUGUACCUUAUUUCCUCCUUCCAGCAAUGAUUGGAUACCUUACCAAGGAAGAACAAUCUAUAGCGCAGUGGAGCUAUGUGUAUUAUUUCACAAUUGGAUUGGUCAUUGUUACUACUAUAAUAUAUUUACUGUUUGGUACAUCAGAGCUCCAGCAAUGGGGUAUGGACCAAGAUGAAUCCAGACCAACAAUCAAAGGUUCGGAAGACAGGAACAAUGAGCUUGUCAAAACAGAAAUUUCAGUGAUAGCAGAUGAAGAAAGAAUAGUUUCAAUGCCUGAAUUUGUAAAGUUCAUCUCCCAACUUUUUGAAAAAUCAUUUAAACUUAAAAUGUCGGACCUUUCAGAUUUUGAAAGAGGUCAAAUUAUGGGAGCCCGUCUAGCUGGAGCAAGUGUGACCGAAAAUUCCAACUUUAAGGCGUUUCUAGAGGUAUGGUGUCCAAGACAUGACAGCCUACACACAGCGCGGCAAGACAAGCACGACACAGCAAAAUAG